AAAUUCUUCACGUCGGUGCCGCGUUGAAGGGAAGUUUGGAUACACGACUAGAGGGAAGUUUUAGCUCAUGGCUAAGUUGCCUCUCGCUAGCUCAAGCUGUGUUAGCACUUAGCAGUGAUGUGACAGACAGACAGAGGGCUGGGCUGGGUUUGGUCUCGGCUGCGUUCGGCUCCGCUCGGCUUUUCUCGGCUGUACUCGUGAAAGCCUCCACCUUGACCCCCCUGGGGGUUAAACUGUUUGUACCAACGAGGAAGAUUUUCAAAGGGCAGUGAUGAGCUCCAUCCUAUCAGAACUGCAUUUAAAAUAUGCAUCAAAGACUUGGAAUGAGACUUUUCAGCUGGUUAGAAGAUGCAUGGACACCGCCAGAGAUGACUCCAAACCCUGCGAGCCACUUGUUCGGGCUCUCAAAAGGCUGCAGGAAGUGCUUAACGUGUCUUCCAUGAGCGUCAUGCGCUCUCGUUUGGAGAUGAUUGGCAAACAACACGGGAUGGGCUUCCACUUUACGGAGGCCACCUGCUACCUGACGGCCGACCUGUUCUACCUGGAGGUGGCGCUGCUGCCGUGCGGCGGGGUGGAGGAGGUGAAGGUGGCGCUGCAUGGGAGAGCCCCGGUCAGGAGCGAGGCCUUCUUUCAGCUGCUGAGGUCAAAACAUUUUGAAGGGUUCUCUGCUAAACUGAAGGACCUCUUCACGCAGUACAACAACCCUGGAGACAACGUUGUCAAAUUCAAACUGUUUGCUGCUCUGCAACACCUCACCAAAGACUUGCAAGAAAUGUGCCACUUGCCAAGGGUUGCAAAUGAGAGCUGCUACCAGGUGGAUGUGGUGAACAACAGCAUACUGGGCUGUUUCAUACCUGGAAAAGAAGAUUGCCCUUCGACCCUGCAGUUUUAUUCUGCCACAGCAGGUGAUGUGACUACAAACCUGAAAACGGACCCUCAGGUCGCCCAGAUAGCUGUGUGCCCGAGUCAUGUGACCCACAGGCUUCAGAUGGCUUCAGUCCUGCCCCUGCCGCUACAACUGGACAACCAAGGCUACCCGGUCUUCACCCCCUGGACGGAUGUCCCUCAUGAAACAUUCCCUGCCUGCUUUGUGCUCAAACUGCAGCCAGUCAUACCCAUCAUGGUGCCUUUUGUUGACAAGAUAAGCCGAAUUACAGAAGUUGCUAUACCAAAUUCUGACCUGCAGUGGGCGCCAUUUCCCCACCUUUUGACAGGAAGUGAUGGGCAGGACAGUGUUUUCACUCUGAAGCGUCUUCCAGGUGAUGCCAUCCACACGUAUGUUUUCCCUGGAGAGGCGUGGGACUCUCCUGCCCACAGAGGGGUCAUGAUGGACAGCGUUCCCUUCACCCAUCCUGUCCACGUCCCCAAUCUGGUGGAGGUGCUGCGGCAUCAGUGUGUUAUUAACACUUUACUGAGCAGCUGCACAUCACCAGGUCCAGUUUCAGCCUGUGAUCAACAUUUCGAGGUCCGCCUUGAGACAGACACCAGCUUCUCUGUGACCUUUCACCGACCCCACCUGGAUUCUCUUGCAGUGUUGCUGGUGGACAUCCCCAAUUCUCACCAGCUUGCAUGCAGACUAUUUGGAGCAGGAAUGGACGCUUCCUUGGAUGGACAUGUCUCUGACAUCAUGAAAAGGUGCAUGUCCGUCCCUCUGACUCUGCAAGCCUUGUACAUAAAAAUGGAAGAUGCACCUCCUCCUGUCUCCAUCCCUGCAGUGGCUGAGAGUGACCCUUCUACUUCCUCGUGCGUACUUAUGGAAGACUUGAGUGCACCGAAGCAGGAGGAGAACUUGGCGGCCUCAGAGCACCUCAGCGUUAGUCCCUCCGCCACCGCCGCUGCCAACCUUUGCCCCGUCGCUCCCGAGGGCGUCGUUGAACCCUGCUUGACUAACAACGGCCAGCAGUCUGAGCUGGUGUAGUUGAGUACAAAGCCUCCACUUUAAUAUGAAUAAUCCUAAUAAAUAUUGCCUCCUAAUUUGGU